AUGCUUACACAUUCUCCCAGUACACGGCACAGUUACUUCGCUGACAAUCUUCUGCUGCCACCUUUGCAGACGGGGUACGAGGGGCCCCGUGGCUGGAAGCUGCACGCAAAUAGCGCCACGGUCUCUCCUAGUCUGGUCCCAAUGGGCAAGUUUGGCUUGGGGAAGCGGAAGUCGUUCACGGCACCACCUUCCCCCACACACCUGCUGUAUCAUCCUCACCCGAUAAUGACGCCAAACUCCCCCCUGAGCAGCUUGGCCCCAACCACCGCCACCACGCUCAAUAAGAUAGAUAAGAAGAGGGGUCGCGAAAGGAACAGUGUGGCGCACGUAACGAAACUGCCCUCGUUGAGACACUUGAACUUGUUACCGGACCCAAGGAUCCAGGAAAAUUCGUACAUAUACCCUGACACCUCGGAGACCACGCCGCUUUGGAGGGCUAACCUCGUCCAUUGGUGCAAGGGCGAGAAUUACCAGGACUUCAUGAAGAUAAAAGACAAUGCGGAACAGGCCACCCAUGUGAAGGUUCCGCCCAGUGUGCCGUCUAUUUUGAAACCGAAAGAUCAAUUCCAACAGCUUGCCACUAGCCGCAUUGGCGCUUACAAUGGCAGCACGGGGCUGAGGACUCCUGUGACACCGCCAAUGUCACCCAAGAGACAGUGCGAGGACUCAGAGGUUGUUGAGCCCUUGGAGGGUGACCUGAGAGAGAAGAAGUUUACCCCCUUCGUCAGUGAAAAGCUGGUCCAGCUGGUCCGGGAACAGAUUAUCAGGGGCAAGGGCAAGGGCCAGAGCCAUGGAGACGAUCAAAUGGACAAUAUCUCGGGUACGAGCGCCGCACAGGGGAGGUCCACCUCGCACAGGAAGACAAACAGCUUCAAAGCACUACAGAUAAGACACAUGCUGAACGAUAGGGAUAUCCUGUCACCGAACUCGAAACGAAUCAGUAAACCAAUGAGCCGCAAGUCACGCGCAUCCACGCAAACGACGGACUCCACGGGUCAAAUGGUUCUGAAACUGAACAGCAAUUCCUUUGCAGGGAUCACGAUCGCAUCGUUAUCGAGUUCAAGUGCGAGUUCGCACGAGUUCUCCCCUGCAUCGCACAACGCACCGCUACAGUAUCGGUCUCGAUCCCCUACACGCAGCAGGGCACGGUCAGUGACGCCACCAGCAAAUCGUGCAAGGGCCUCCUCUACUACAGCGACACCUGCAUCUGCAUCUGCGUCACUGUCGCAGCCAAGUUACCACCGGUUCACUCUGGGGACACCAUCGACAAGCCCAGUCCGUUCCUCUCUCAUCAAGACCACGCCGAAGGUCACAACGCAGAGCAUGAACGGCAACGCAGCGAUGCCUCUGAAAUCCCAUAGCGUCGGGUCCACCCCACGAACAAAGAAGCACUACACGCAGACGGGGCAACAUCACUACCCCGCAACUACAAGGGUGUGCGUCUCCUGCCACUCGAGCGACUCGCCCUGCUGGCGUCCCAGCUGGUCCAUCGACAAACACGACCAGCUGUGCAACUCGUGCGGACUACGGUUCAAGAAGACGCACACAAGAUGCCUGAACAACCGGUGCAGGAAGAUCCCGACAAAGGGCGAACUCAACAUCAUGAAAGCACGAGGCGUCACUAGCGGGGUCGCACCAGACACAGCCACUACGAUCGUCGGCUACCGAUGCCUCUUCUGCGACUCCAUGACAGCAACAGAGCACUGA